AUGCAGGCGUCUACGUCAGCUGGUACUGGGGCUGUGGGUGUUCACCCCCAUACAGCCCUAAUGAAUCAAUUCAAGAGUUACGUUACCAUGUUAGCUGAUCCAGAAUGUAAAGACGUUCUUAAGCUAAAAGCUACUCAAGAACUUAGCAAACAUUUUGAAAUAAUUUUAAAUUCUGCUCUUUAUUCAAAUUUUCUGGACCAUUCAAUAAACAUUUUUAUAAAAAUAUUGGAUGAAGGAUAUCCACUUUUUGUGGCAGAAUAUAAUAUUCAACAGGUUAGGAAAUUGAUUUUAGAAAUGUUAUAUAGACUACCGACCAACGAAACUUUAAGACCAUAUGUAAAACAAAUUUUAUCACUUAUGUUGAAGCUCUUAGAAAUAGAUAAUGAGGAAAAUGUAUUGGUAUGCCUCAAGAUCAUUAUAGAAUUGCACAAACAAUACAAACCGGCGUUUAGUUCUGAAAUUCAAAAAUUUUUAAAAUUCGUGAAAUCUAUUUAUUCAAAUUUACCGAAUCAUAUGAAUAAGAUUUUUGAGCCAAAACCGCCUAUAAAGGUCAAGGAACUCAUAGAAGUUAAUAUUGAAGAAUUACUUAAGGAAACUUUUACCAUGACUGUAAUACAAACAGAAGAUAGGAACGAGGAUGGAACAUUAAUUGCAUACUAUUUAAUACCAAAGGCUGUUCUAUCACUAAAAGUUCUCCAAGAAUUACCAAUUAUAGUAGUUCUAAUGUAUCAAUUAUAUAAGCAAAGUGUUCAUCAAGAUGUAAGUGAUUUUAUUCCUCUUAUUAUGAACACUAUAACAUUGCAACCUACGCUGAAACAAAGACAAGCCGAAUCAUUUAAUAAAGAAAUUUUCGUCGACUUUAUGGGGGCUCAAAUUAAGACUCUGUCUUUUCUGGCCUAUAUUAUCAAAAUUUACCAAGAAGUCGUACAGAAUCAUUCAACGAUGAUGGUACAAGGUAUGUUAGGUCUGCUGACACUCUGUCCGAUGGAAGUAGCUCAUCUUAGAAGAGAACUUCUGAUUGCUGCCAGACACAUUUUGGCUACAGAAUUAAGAAACAAAUUUGUCCCACAUAUGGAAAGGCUCUUUGACGAAGAUGUACUAUUGGGUAGAGGUUGGACUACUCAUGAAUCUUUAAGACCUUUAGCAUACUCGACAUUAGCCGAUUUAGUUCACCAUGUUAGACAACAACUACCACUGGCGGAUUUAAAAAGAGCGGUGCAUCUGUUUAGUAAAAAUGUUCAUGAUGAUAGUUUAGCCACAACUAUACAAACAAUGUCAUGCAAGUUACUUCUUAAUUUGGUAGACUGUAUAAGGAUAAGAUCGGAGGCAGAAAACAGCACAGAAGGAAGAGAGUUACUAAUGCGAAUGUUGGAAGUUUUUGUUUUAAAAUUUAAAACUAUAGCCAAAAUCCAAUUGCCAAUACUUAUUAGUAAAUGCGAGCAACGCAAGCAAGAAGCCCAAACAACACAACAACCGCAAUCCCAAACAGUGCAAGAAAAAACAGAUGCCCCCGAUGUUAAACCGAAUCCUGCUGAACUUCUAGAAUCCGUCCUUGCAAAUGCGCAAGGCUCGCAGCCCAAAGAAGAAAAAUCAAAGUUCGGUUUUCCACAAAACAACAACUGCAACGUUGCCGAUUACCGAAGUCUGGUAAAAACUUUAGUAUGCGGCGUGAAAACCAUAACGUGGGGAUGUUCUGCAUGUAAGACUAGUAGUACAGCUCAAGCGGCGGUGCCAGCCAAACAUUUUGCUCCAAAUGAGACCCUUGUAUUCGUUCGACUUGUCAAAUGGGCGUUGCAGGCGUUGGAUAUUUAUACACUAAAUAUUGGACCGCAACCUGCAGGUUUACCGCAAAGGAUGAAUCAACAGAAUGUGCGGAGUAAAGAGGAAAAAGAAGUUUUGGAACAUUUCAGUGGAGUGUUUUCAAUGAUGAAUUCUCAAACGUUCCACGAGAUUUUCUCAACGACAAUUGAGUAUUUGGUGAAAAGAGUCAACAAAAAUCCUACUUUACAAACGGUACCUAAUACUCUUCUAGCUAAUCCGACUACAAGUCCGAUUUUUGCGACAGUAUUAGUGGAAUACCUUUUGGAAAGAAUGGAAGAAAUGGGUUCAAAUUUGGAAAGAAGCAACCUUUACUUGAGGUUAUUCAAAUUAGUUUUCGGUAGCGUGUCGUUGUUUCCACAAGAAAAUGAAAAUAUGUUAAGACCUCAUUUACAUCAGAUUGUUAAUAGGUCUAUGGAAUUAGCUAUGAGUGCAAUGGAACCCUAUAAUUACUUUCUUCUAUUGAGGGCAUUAUUUAGAUCAAUUGGUGGCGGUAGUCACGACUUAUUGUAUCAAGAAUUUUUACCUUUGUUGCCAAAUUUACUUGAAGGUCUUAACAGAUUGCAAAGUGGACUUCACAAACAGCACAUGAAAGAUUUAUUCGUCGAGUUAUGUUUAACUGUUCCUGUGAGAUUAAGUUCUUUAUUGCCUUAUUUACCUAUGCUAAUGGAUCCCUUAGUAUCAGCGUUAAAUGGUUCUCAUGUUUUGAUCAGCCAGGGAUUGAGAACGUUGGAACUGUGUGUUGAUAAUUUACAACAUGAUUUCUUGUAUGAGCAUAUACAGCCAGUGAGAGCAGAAUUAAUGCAAGCUUUGUGGCGAACAUUGAGAAAUAAUGAUCAGGUCGCACAAGUAGCAUUUAAGGUUCUUGGUAAAUUUGGAGGUGGUAACAGGAAAAUGAUGAUAGAACCUCAAAAAUUAGAAUAUGUAUCUACAGAGUUUGAUCCUCCUGCUAUAUUGGCUAGAUUUAAUGAUCAAGAACACGAAAUCGAAUUCCCUGUUUCAAAGGUCAUAGAAACAGCUUUCAAUGCUUUAAAACAGAGCAGUACUGAUCCAUUUUAUAGAAAACAAGCAUGGGAAGUAAUUAAUUGUUAUCUAACAGCAUCCAGGAGUCUUGAUGAUGACGAAAAUACUCUUAUUAAUCUAUUCCUCCAUCCGAGUUUCCAUGAUCCAAAUACUAUUCCUAAUAUUAAGGGUUCCACCUAUAAAUCUAUAUACAAAGAAGCUCGAGAAACACAUCAAACGGCCCUGACAGGCAUGUUUGUUGGUGCUGCAAUUAAAGAGUUAAGGGAAACUGUUAUUCCCGCUUUGGUGUCAUUGGUGCGACACUAUACUAUGGUUGCGGUUGCACAGCAAUCAGGCGCAUUCGCCUAUAGUGCAGAGCCAAAUAAACAAGUAACAUUGGAUCCACUUGUGUUGGUUGAUGCAUUGGCUAUUAUAAUGGGACACGAAGAAAGAGAAUUAUGUAAACCAGGACAUUUGGGUCUUGUUUUAAUCGUGGACACAGCAUCUACGCUUUUAGGAAGUAAAGAAAUGGCCUGCCGUUUACCUUUAAUUGAAUAUCUCUCAGAAAAAAUGUGUGCUCUUUGUUACGAGCGAGCUUGGUACGCAAAACUCGGCGGUUGCAUAGCGAUAAAAUUCAUGUUCGAACGUUGUGCGCUCAAAUGGAUUUACGAACACAUGUUCAUGUUUCUCAAAGCUCUACUCUUCGUCAUGAUGGAUCUUACCGGGGAAGUUUCUAGUGGCGCUUUAGAUAUGGCCAAAGACAAUCUUCAAAAAAUGUUAAUCGUAUGCGUUACGGCGCCUCCAGACGGUUCAGAUCAAGCAACGAGAAAUUUGCAACAAGACGCUUUGAAUAAAGUGACACACGAGUUGGUCAGACAGGUUACUAGUCCUCAUACUAUGGUCAGGAAUCAAUCAAUGGCUUCACUGCGAUUAUUAGCUGAAAAGCAGAAUAAGACAAUAACUGCAGUUAUGGAACCUUUUAAGGAUGUUUUAGCUGAUAUGGUACCACCUACAAAACACCUUCUCAAACAUCAACCAGCAAUAGCUCAAAUGGGUCUUAUGGACGGAAACAUGUUUUGUACAACGUUAUGUCCGCGAUUGUUUACAAUAAAUAUGAGCGUAAAAGAGCAUUGUCUUUUCAUUGAAGAUCUUCUGGCUUUGUGUAACUCUGAGGACAAUAAACUUAACACCUUUUCGUGUUACAAAUCCAUCACAAACUUUAUUCCGCUACGAACUAGUGCUCUUAGAGUUUUGGCUGCUUGUUACUAUUUAGAAGAAGUUCGAGGUAAAAUUUUCCAGGUUCUCUAUGAUACAUUAGAAAAGCCAAAUGCGGAACUUCAAGAAACAGCAUUUGAAUGCAUGAAAAAAUUCAUAUCGGGUUAUCCAGUUGAGAACAAGCUAGUGUACCAGACAGUCAGACCUCUUUUGAUGACACUAGAUGACGUCAAAAAUCUGACAUUAAAUGGAUUAAAAAUGUUGUCUUACUUAACUCAAUUGUUCCCCAAUGUUUUUAAUGAAAAACUUUGCGAACAACUGCUACAAUUCCAAAAAAAGAUAAUGGAGAUUUUGAAGGAAAAUUACAAGAACAACCAAGGAAACGGGUUAUGUAAAAAAGGCGAUGAGGAGCAAAAAAUUGUCACUAUCAUUAGUAUCUUCCAUCAAACUCCUGCCGCCUCAUCUAAAUUCAUUACUCCUUUGUGCCAAUUGAUUUUGGAAACUGAACAAGCAAUGGGUAUUGAAGCUAGCAGUCCAUUCAGAGAUGUCCUAAUGAAGUUCCUUUUAAGAUAUCCAGCCGAAACUCUAUCUAUGUUCUUGAGUGAUAAGUAUAUUAAAGAUCAGCAGUUCAGUAGAUAUUUGGAGUUUUUAAUUAAACAUAAAGACGGAAAAUUAAUCAGAGAUUUCAUUCAAAAUAAUUUGAUGAAGCGUUUAAUAACAAUGAUGCUUUCUAACUAUGUGAAUUCGAAUUUGGAACUUCACGAGAGAAACGAGUUGCAAUAUCAAAGUAUAAGAAUCGUUUCCCUAUUAAUCAAGUUUGAUGACCAAUGGUUGUCGACUCAAAAUGAGUUAGUGGAUGCUCUAAAGCAAAUUUGGUGUGAUAAUUCUUACCAAGAAAGACACAAAAAUUUAGAACAACUCGAGUAUACUCAUUGGAAGGAACCAAAACUUGUAGUGAAAAUAUUACUCCACUAUUUUUGUCAUCAUCCUACCGAUAUUGAUCUGCUGUUUCAAUUGUUGCGAGCUACUGUGGAUAGGUUUUUGCCAGACUUUCAAUUUUUAAGAGACUUUUUAGAAAAUACAGUUGCUCAGAAUUAUACAGUCGAGUGGAAGAGAUCUGCUUUUUUCAGAUUUGUCGAACUAUUUCCUACGAAUGAUAUGUCACAGGAGUUAAAAGCAAAAGUUCUUCAAUUAAUUCUCAUACCUUGCUUUGCUGUGAGUUUUGAAAGAGGCGAAACAAACAAGCUAGUAGGUGGCCCUCCUGCGCCUAAUCAAGACAGUAGUGAUAACGUCGUUUCUGUAUUUAUACAUAAAUUAAUUGAUCCUGAAAAUCCGUUUCCAUCUGCCGACUGUGUUAGAAUUUCUCUUCUCCAAUUUUCUUGUUUACUUGUUGAACAAGCCAGUCCUCAUAUUCACGACUAUUAUGCCAGCAAUAAAGCGCAAGGUUUUAAGCUCAGACGACUGAUGACUUUUGCUUGGCCUUGUCUGCUUGUAGAGAAUUGUAUAGAUCCCGCUACAAGAUACCAUGGGCAUUUAUUACUUUCCCAUAUUAUUGACAAAUUUGCGAUUCACAGAAAAAUUGUUCUUCAAGUUUUCCACAGUUUAUUAAAAGCUCAUGCAGUAGAAGCAAGAAGUGUCGUCCGUCAAGCCUUGGAAAUUCUGACCCCUUCAAUGCCACUCCGAAUGGAAGAAGGGAAUACAAUGCUUACUCAUUGGACAAAAAAAAUAAUAGUAGAUGAAGGGCACUCAAUGCAACAAUUGUUUCAUAUUUUACAGUUGGUUGUUAAACAUUACAAAGUUUAUUACCCAGUACGGCAUCAUUUAGUCCAGCACAUGGUUAGUUCAAUUCAAAGGCUUGGAUUCAGUCCAACUGCUACUCUCGAACACAGAAAAUUAGCUGUAGAACUAGCUGAAGUUAUCAUUAAAUGGGAAAUUUAUGGAAUCAAAGAAGAGUCUGAAACUACUGAGACUACAGAAAAUGGAUCGACCAAGAGACCAUCCAUUGAAGAAAGUGGAGAAAGUAGUAGAAAAAAAUUGGCCGUUCCAGGACCGUCUGGUGGUCCAGUAGCAGCUGUAAAGGCAGAACCUAAUGUGAAUAAACCAAUAGAUAGGGCACACACUGAUAAUGUACUAAAUUUCUUGCUAAGACUGGCUUGUCAGGUUAAUGAACCAGCUCCUACUAACCCCGUCAAUCCUGUAGCAAAUAGUCCGGGAGAAGUACUGUCCAGACGUUGUGUUAUUCUCCUAAAAACUGCGCUUAGACCAGAUAUUUGGCCACAACCAGUCGAUUUAAAACUAGCUUUUUUUGACAAGAUUUUAAUGACAAUAGAAGCUCCCAAUCCGAAUAUAGCUAACAUUUGCACAGCUUUAGAACUAUUGACCUAUAUUUUGACGGUGUUUGAUAAGGACCAAAUUUUAUCGAGUUUUAAACCUUUACAAAGAGGAAUUGGAGCUUGUAUCACCUCAAAUAAUAGCAGAAUAAUAAAAUUAGUUCACAACCUUUUAACCAAAUUGUUUGCUCUAUUUCCCAUGGAAAGAACAAACGCGAAUUUAAGCUGUAAAUACGAAGAGCUAGACGUUCUAUACGCAACAGUAGGCAAGGUUAUUUUUGAAGGUUUAAGCAGCUAUGAGAAAAAGGAAAAUCCUUCGAGUCUUUUUGGCACUGUGAUGAUUCUUAAAGCCGCUUGUGCGAACAAUCACUCUUACAUCGAUCGCUUAAUAACCCCAUUUAUGCGAGUAUUGCAUCGAUUGGCUAAAGAACACCUCCAACAUUCUAGCGACAACACUGCAUUGACUAGUGAGUUGUUGAUACUUAGUUUAGAUCUAGUGAAAACGAGAGUUGUUGUGAUGGGUGUCGAAAUGAGAAAAACGUUCAUUGGAGCUAUUUUGGUGGGAUUGAUUGAGAAAACGCAAGAUAUUAAAGUCAUGAAAGCCAUCACAAGAAUGUUAGAAGAAUGGAUGAAGUGUAAGAAUGUAGUAACGUUAAAUCAAGCACCAAGUUUAAGAGAAAAAUCUAUAUUACUUGUAAAAAUGAUGCAGUAUGUAGAAAAACGAUUCCAGGAUGAUAACGAUCUGAAUGCCCAAUUUUUAGAGCUUGUAAACUAUGUUUAUACUGAUAAACACUUAAAAACCACAGAACUUACUUCUAAACUUGAGCCAGCCUUUUUAGCUGGUCUAAGAUGUACUCAGCCACACAUACGAUCAAAGUUUUUUAAAGUUUUCGAUGAAUCUAUGAGAAGAAGGCUUCAUGAUCGAUUACUGUACAUAGUUUGUUCUCAAAAUUGGGAUGCCAUUGGUCCUCACUAUUGGAUUAAACAGUGUAUAGAACUUUUACUUGUUACUGCUUUACCAGGAGACGGUAUUCGCAUGUCGCACGAUAGUAGUAUAUUACCAGCUAUAACGUCGGUUAUUCCUGAUAAACAGAAGAAAGAAGAAUUCAGUCGACAUCAUUUUCAAAAUCCGGAUUACGAUUCAUCUGAAAUUAAAGAGGAAGUUUUGGAUGUUGAUCUGAGUAAUAUUGAUUCGAAUCCGCUCGUUGAAGAAAAACCUGUCAUUAGAGAAGAAACAAUCAAAAUGCUUAAAAAAGAUUAUGAGUCCACCGAAGUCGCUAGAAAUAUUACCACGGAUAGAUUCCUAUUGGCUACAGCACAGUUGUGUCACAUGGAUACUUCUUUAGCAGAACAUGUAUGGUUGUCGCUAUUUCCCAAACUCUGGUCUAUUUUAGAUCCAGACCAAAGAAAUAUUUUAGCUCAAGAAAUAUUACCAUUUAUUACUUCAGGGUCGCAUAUUAUUCAAAAAGAUUGUCAUCCCAGUGCUAUAAAUACUUUCGUAGAAGCUUUAAGCAGAUGUCAAAAUCCCAUACAAAUUGUCCCACCUCUCAUGACUUAUUUAGGCAAAUCGCACAAUUUAUGGCAUAGAAUGGCUUUAGGUUUGGAACAAAUGGCAUUUGACCCAAGUUCUUUAACCAAAACUACAAAUCCAGCCAGUUGUUAUGAAUUUGAGGGCGAACCUUCAAAAACAGAUUUACUAGAUUGCUUGGGCGAGCUGUAUCAUUUGUUGUGUGAAGAAGACUGUUGGGCGGGACUUUGGCAACGACAUGCUCAUUAUAAAGAAACUAGUAUCGCUAUAGCCUAUGAACAACAUGGUUUCUUUGAACAAGCUCAAGGGGCUUAUGAAGCUGCCAUGGCGAAACAUAAGACAGAUAAUAACAUGGGACCUGUACCUACACAUACUCAAAGAGAAAUUUUGUUAUGGAAAGAUCAUUGGAUUAGAUGUGCUAAAGAAUUAAAUCAGUGGGAAAUACUCAUGGAAUACGCUAAAACUGGUUGUUAUGAUCCUUAUUUGCUGCUAGAAAGUGCUUGGAGGAUACCCAAUUGGGACAUCAUGAAAGAUGCUUUACAAAACGUUGAAUAUACUUGUCCCAAAGAGCUCGGAUGGAAAAUUACCAUGUACGGUGGAUUUUUACUUAUCUGUCAACCUGACGAGAGUAAACCUCUUAAAAUCAUUGAACGUUAUGUGGAAAGUGCCAGUGCUUUAUGUUUAAAUGAAUGGAGACGGCUACCUCAUAUUGUUAGCCACAUUCAUCUACCUUAUCUUCAAGCUGCUCAACAGAUCAUGGAAUUACAAGAAGCAUAUCAAAUCCAUAAGGGCUUAUUACAAGGUCAUCAAAGUUCUCUACAUGACAUGAAGGCUAUCGUUAAAACGUGGCGUAAUAGAUUACCCGUUAUAGCCGACGAUCUGGUGCAUUGGAAUGAUAUUUUCACCUGGAGGCAACAUCAUUAUCAAGUCAUUGUCAACCAUUAUGAUAGUAAUAGAGAUACUACUCCUACUCAUUCUAUGCUUGGUGUGCACGCGUCAGCACAGUCUAGUAUCCAUUUUGGCAAAAUAGCAAGAAAACACAAGUUGGUAAACGUAUGUUUGGAAUCCUUAAAUAAAAUUUAUAGCAUCUCUAGUGUACCGAUCGUCGAUUGUUUCCAAAAAGUGAGACAACAAGUCAAAUGCUAUCUUCAAAAUGCUUCAGUGAAUAAGAAUGAAAUAAAUGAAGGUUUGGAGGUUCUCAGUCGCACCAAAAUGCAAUAUUUCUCGAAAGAGAUGACCGCCGAAUUCUACGCAUUGAACGGCUUACUUUAUCAGCUUAGUAAUAAAUCCGAUGAGGCAAAUAAAAUGUUUUCGGCUGCAGUUCAAAUGCAUGAUGCAUCAACAAAAGCCUGGGCUUUAUAUGGGGAUUAUUUGGAGCAGAUUUUCACACGAGAUCAAAGACAAAUAAAUUUGGGAGUGAACGCUAUGGCUUGUUUAUUACACGCAUGUAGACACCAGAAUGAAGCAAAAGCAAGAAAAUAUUUGGCCAAAGUUUUAUGGUUACUUAGUUACGAUGACGACAACUCAAGUUUGAUGGAAGCUCUGGAUAAAUAUUCAAUAGGAGUUCCUCCAAUACUUUGGUUGCCAUGGACGCCACAAUUAUUGAAUUGCCUUGUACAAUAUGAAGACAACGUUAUCCUAAAUUUGCUGUGUCAGGUCGGUAGAAUGUUCCCGCAAGCAGUUUAUUUUCCAACUCGUACAUUAUACCUCACUUUGCGCGCUGCCGUUGCUAGAAAAACUAAUAGUGAACAGAAGCUUACCUUGCAACAACAAUCGCAGGAUUCUCAGAAUAAUGAGACUGGAACUCAAUCGAAUAGUCAAGGCAGUCUUUCAAAUUCAUCAGAAAGCAGUGCAAGUGUUCCUACAGUAGUACCCACAGAAGGAUCUACGUUUAAGGCUACUCCAGCUAUGAUUAGGUGCAUGAAAAUUAUGAAAAUGCAGAGGGAUCUUCAUACGACGGUAUUGUCUAGUUUAGAGGGUAUAGCUGACCAAAUGGAAUGGUUUAGAGAGAACUGGUACGAAGAAGUUUUAAGACAGUUACGCCAAGGUCUAACCAAAUGUUAUGCUAUUGCUUUUGAAAACAGAGAAGCUGUCAACGAGGCAAAAAUUACACCGCACAUACUGAACUUUGUUAAAAAAUUAAUGUCUACAUUCGGCAUCGGUGUAGAGAAUAUAUCUAGCUCUGUAAAUGUUACUUUCAAUUCAACGGCGUCUGAAAGUUUAGCACGACGAGCCGAAGCCACUUAUCAAGAUCCCGUUUUUAUUGCUACAAAGCAGGAAUUUACAAAGGACUUUGACUUUUCACAAACGAACUCGAUGAGACUUCAUACAUUGAUAUUCAAAUUGAAGAAAUGGAUUAAAAUAUUGGACGAUAGAUCUAAGAUGUUAUUACAGUCAAGUCUAAUCGAAGAAAAAUGCCGUUUCUUAUCCAACUUUACGUUAAAAACAGCCGAAGUUGAAUUACCAGGAGAAUUUUUAAUUCCAAAGCACAAUCACUACUUUGUUAGGAUCGCUAGGUUUAUGCCUAGAGUUGAUGUGGUGCAAAAACACAACACUGCCGCUAGAAGACUUUACAUAAGGGGUCAUAAUGGAAAGAUAUAUCCUUAUCUUGUAGUAAACGAUUCAGGAUUGGCCGAUGCAAGACGAGAGGAAAGAGUUUUGCAACUCAUGAGAAUGUUAAAUUUGUAUUUAGGAAAACAAAAGGAGACCGCCAGGAGAUUCUUACAUUUCACUGUACCAAGGGUAGUUGCUCUGUCUCAACAAAUAAGACUUGUAGAAGACAAUCCAGCAUCAGUAUCUUUAUUAGACGUCUUUAAGAAAAGUUGUACUACAUUAGGUAUUGAGCACGACGAUCCGAUACAAUAUUACUACGAAAGGCUGGCUCAGGUGCAAAGUAGGGGUAUAAAAGCCAGUCAUCAAGUAUACAGGGACAUUUUGAAAGGAGUGCAACAAACUAAAGUUCCACGCACCAUUAUAAAACAGUGGGCAAUACAAACGUUCCCGUCUGCGACGGAUUAUUGGCAGUUUAGAAAAAUAUUUACAUUGCAGUUGGCCCUAGCAUGUUUUGCUGAAUAUGUUUUUCAUUUGACAAGAUUAAACCCUGACAUGAUGUAUUUACAUCAAGAUUCUGGAUUAAUGAAUGUUGCAUAUUUCAAAUUUGACGUGGAUGAUAGCACAGGAGAACUUGAUACUACUCGACCUGUCCCAUUCCGAUUAACUCCAAAUAUCAUUGAAUAUUUAUCAACUAUUGGUGUUAGUGGACCUCUUACAACAUCUAUGAUAGCUACAUCUCGAUGUUUUAUUUACCCUAACUUUAAGGUAUUAUCAAUACUCAAACCUAUAAUUAGAGAUGAAAUGAUGUUAUCAAGAGCUAAAAAGCCAGAGGACUUGACAAAUCAAGAAAAAAUGAACGAUGCUGCUGAACAGAUCAUCAAUAUGGUGAACAAAGCUGUGACGUCCAUUUCCAAUAGACUUACAAGUUUGGCACACUUUGAGGGUACAGAAAGCAAAGUUGCCACAUUGGUGGCUGCUGCAAAUAGUCAUGAUAAUCUUUGUCGAAUGGAUCCAGCUUGGCAUCCCUGGCUUUAA